GAACCGACGAAUCGCGUGAAAGAAGAAGCGUACGGCAGUAGGUGCACAUCGGUGCACGGUAUUAGAUGAGAGUGACGGCACGCCGAAACUGUGAAAGAAACGCAAGAAAGCGGCGAAACAACGAACGCGAGCCUCGUUUAAUGUCGCUUUAAUUCCCGUGGCGUGUUCCCUCUCCCGCGAGAGCGAGAUAUCCCGGUGGCGAUCGAGAGCAUUCGUUAUCAAUCCCGUGGUUUUGGAGCAUGGCGUCCGACGAGGAGGUGGACGAGAGCUACGCGGGAGAAGACGAUGUGGAUGAAACCGGAGUUCAAGUUUCAACUGUUGGCCAGCAAGUGGAUGGUUCAUCCGACGCGGAGGAAUCUCAGAGAUUAGAGGAAGAUGACGAUUACGAGCCUGAGGAACGAAAAAAGAAAAAGGGGAAGAAGCGUAAAGCUCGCAGCGAGGAUAAGAAGGGCAAGAAGAAGAAGAAGAAGAAAAAAUCUGAUUCUGGAGAUGAAAGCGACUUUGGAGGCGGCGGCGAAGCAGGUGACAUAGCUGGAGAGGACAGCGACUAUGCUGGUAACAGGAAGAGCAGAAAGUCCUCGUCCAGGAAGUCGUCCAGUCACCCACCACCUGCCCCUCCGAGUCAGGAACCCACAACAGGGAUGCCUACCAUCGAAGAAGUUUGCAAUACUUUCGGGUUGACCGAUGUACAGAUCGAGUACACGGAUGCAGACUUUCAGAAUUUAACUACGUAUAAGUUGUUCCAGCAACACGUCAGACCACUUCUCGCGAAGGAAAAUCCUAAAGUUCCAAUGUCGAAGCUUAUGAUGUUGGUAGCUGCCAAAUGGCGAGACUUCUCCGAACUGAAUCCUCAUACGCAGCCGGAUGCGGAUGUAUCGUCCGCGAACGUGGACGACGACAGCAGAAAUUCGAGGCCGAAUCGCAGCGGCGCGGUGCAAGAAGGCGAAGACGAGGAGGACGACGACGAAGACAGCGACAGGAAGCGAAAGUCGAGGGGAUCCAGGGCGAAGAAAGGAAAGAAAGCUUCCAAAGUACCGACGCUCAAGAUUAAGCUUGGAAAACGUAAACGGGGAAGCUCGGACGAGGAAGCGGAAGGUAGCGGAGUUGGGAGCGACAGAGACUCCGAUAUGGAGUUCGAGCAAAUGCUGGCUGACGCCGAAGAGCCUUCCGGUGCGGACGGGACAAACAAAGGGAACGCUGAAGAAAACGGAGUCGAACCGCCUGCGGAGCCUCCCGUCCGUAGGAAGGCGAAGACUAAAAUUGGAAACAAAACAAAAAAGAAGAAAAAGACGAAGACUACGUCAAAGUUUCCGGACGGAGAGGAAGGUCUCCAGACCGACCAUCAGGAUUAUUGCGAAGUAUGCCAACAAGGUGGAGAAAUUAUAUUGUGCGAUACCUGCCCUAGAGCAUACCACUUGGUGUGUCUAGAGCCAGAGUUGGAAGAAACGCCUGAAGGAAAAUGGAGUUGCCCUCACUGCGAAGGAGAAGGUAUUACAGGUGCAGCCGACGACGACGACGAACACAUGGAAUUCUGUAGAGUAUGUAAAGACGGUGGUGAAUUGCUAUGCUGCGAUAGCUGUACCAGCGCGUAUCACACGCAUUGUUUGAACCCACCGCUCUCGGAUAUCCCUGACGGCGACUGGAAGUGCCCUAGAUGCUCUUGUCCACCUUUACGUGGGAAAGUUGCAAAGAUCUUGACAUGGAGGUGGAAGGAGUAUCCAGAAACACCGUCGGAAGAGCCUUCUACGAGUAAGGCAGCUCCCAAACAACGCAAGAUGCGCGAGUUUUUCGUCAAAUGGGCGGACAUGUCGUAUUGGCACUGCGACUGGAUCACGGAGCUACAGUUUGACGUUUUCCACCCCCUCAUGUUCAGGAAUUAUUCGCGAAAGUACGACAUGGACGAACCUCCUAAAUUAGAGGAACCUUUGGACGAAAGCGAUUCCCGUGUGAAACGGUUGAAAGAACAGGACGGCGCCACCAACAGGGACGACUAUAAUUUGGAAGAACGAUUCUAUCGUUACGGAGUUCGACCAGAGUGGCUCGUGGUGCACCGGGUAAUUAAUCAUCGGUUGUCGAGGGACGGCAGAGCAACCUAUCUCGUUAAAUGGAGAGAGUUAGGAUACGACCAAGCCACGUGGGAGGACGAGCACGAAGAUAUUCCUGGCCUGAAGCAGGCCAUCGAAUAUUAUUUGGAUCUCAGAGCAGCGAACUGUUGCGAUGGUAGCUCCUCUCGCAAGGGCAAGAAGGGUGAGAAGAGUAAAGGUAAAAAGUCGAAGGCUCGUGAGAUAAUCGAUGACGAAGAGAGAACGCCUAAACGGUAUACACCGCCGCCAGAUAAACCUACCACAGAUCUCAAAAAGAAGUACGAACGACAACCGGAGUACUUGGAUCAAACCGGCAUGCAGUUACACCCUUAUCAAUUAGAAGGUUUGAAUUGGUUGAGAUAUUCCUGGGGCCAAGGUAUAGACACCAUUCUGGCAGACGAGAUGGGUCUGGGAAAAACUAUUCAAACUAUCACUUUCCUGUAUUCGUUGUACAAGGAAGGUCAUUGCAAAGGACCCUUCCUCGUAUCCGUUCCCCUCUCGACCAUCAUCAAUUGGGAGCGUGAAUUCGAAACCUGGGCGCCUGACUUCUACUGCGUCACGUAUGUCGGCGACAAGGAUAGCCGUAUCGUGAUACGAGAGAACGAGUUGUCCUUCGAAGAAGGUGCCGUACGCGGUGGUCGAGCCUCGAAGAUUCGAUCGUCUCAAAUUAAAUUCAACGUUCUGCUCACCAGUUACGAGCUCAUCUCUAUCGAUUCCGCAUGCCUGGGAUCGAUAGACUGGGCCGUAUUAGUGGUAGACGAAGCGCACAGGCUGAAAUCUAAUCAGUCAAAGUUCUUCAGAUUAUUGGCGUCCUACAAUAUCGCGUACAAGUUAUUGUUAACCGGUACCCCGCUGCAAAACAACCUGGAAGAACUUUUCCAUCUGCUGAAUUUCCUGUGCCGCGACAAGUUCAACGACUUGGCCACGUUCCAAAACGAGUUCGCCGACAUCUCGAAGGAGGAGCAAGUGAAGAAGCUGCACGAGUUGCUCGGCCCUCACAUGCUGAGGAGAUUGAAAGCCGACGUGUUGAAGAACAUGCCGAGCAAGUCCGAGUUCAUCGUUCGCGUCGAACUGUCUCCCAUGCAGAAGAAAUAUUACAAGUACAUAUUGACGAGGAACUUCGAGGCGUUGAAUCCCAAGGGAGGUGGUCAACAGGUGUCGCUAUUGAACAUCAUGAUGGACCUGAAGAAGUGUUGCAACCAUCCUUACCUAUUCCCAGCUGCGUCUCAGGAGGCGCCUACCGCGCCUAACGGAAGCUACGAGACAUCCGCGUUGAUCAAGGCGGCUGGGAAGCUCGUGCUUUUGAGCAAAAUGUUGAAGAGACUGAGGGACGGCGGGCACAGAGUGCUGAUCUUCUCGCAGAUGACGAAAAUGUUGGACAUCCUCGAGGACUAUCUAGAAGGGGAGGGUUACAAGUACGAGAGAAUCGAUGGCAACAUUACAGGCGCCCAGCGACAAGAGGCUAUAGACAGAUUCAAUGCGCCCGGCGCGCAGCAAUUCGUUUUCCUGCUCUCCACUCGGGCCGGUGGUCUAGGUAUCAACCUGGCAACCGCGGACACCGUCAUCAUCUACGACUCCGAUUGGAACCCGCACAACGACAUCCAAGCGUUCAGUAGAGCUCACAGAAUCGGUCAGGCCAACAAGGUCAUGAUCUACAGAUUCGUUACCCGCAAUUCCGUCGAGGAACGAGUGACGCAGGUAGCGAAACGCAAGAUGAUGCUCACCCACUUGGUCGUCAGACCCGGAAUGGGCGGGAAGGGCGCUAACUUCAGCAAACAGGAACUCGACGACAUCCUGCGGUUCGGUACCGAGGAACUCUUCAAGGAGGAAGAGGGUAAAGAGGACGAGGCCAUCCAUUACGACGACAAGGCUGUCGCUGAAUUGUUGGACAGAAGCAAGGAGGGUAUCGAACAGAAGGAGAACUGGGCCAACGAAUACUUAAGCUCCUUCAAGGUUGCGUCCUACGUGACCAAGGAGGGCGAGACGGAGGAAGAGGCGGACACGGAGAUCAUCAAGCAGGAAGCUGAGAACACGGAUCCCGCUUAUUGGAUCAAACUGUUGAGACACCACUACGAACAGCAGCAGGAAGAUAUCGCUAGAACUCUUGGAAAAGGUAAACGAGUACGGAAGCAGGUGAACUACAACGACGGCGUGGUAACCGGAGACCAAGGGACGAGAGACGAUCAGCCGUGGCAGGAGAACCUGUCCGACUAUAACAGCGAUUUCAGCGCACCGAGCGACGACGACAAAGAGGACGACGACUUCGACGAGAAGGGCGACGGAGACCUGUUGUCUCGCAGAAGUAGGCGAAGAUUGGAGAGGAGAGACGAGAAAGAUCGACCUCUGCCGCCGUUGCUUGCUCGAGUGAACGGAAACAUAGAAGUAUUGGGCUUCAACGCUAGGCAACGAAAGGCAUUCCUCAACGCGAUCAUGCGUUACGGCAUGCCGCCGCAGGACGCGUUCAACUCUCAGUGUAUAUUGUCGCAUUUUAGGCUUGUACGGGAUCUGCGGGGUAAAUCGGAGAAGAACUUCAAGGCGUACGUUUCGCUAUUCAUGCGACACCUCUGCGAGCCCGGCGCUGACAACGCCGAGACGUUCGCCGAUGGCGUGCCAAAGGAAGGUCUCAAUAGACAGCACGUCUUAACCAGAAUCGGCGUGAUGUCGCUGAUCAGGAAGAAGGUACAAGAAUUCGAACAUAUAAACGGAUAUUACUCGAUGCCCGAGAUGAUCCGCAAGCCGGUGGAGCCUGUGAAGCUGGAAGGUGGAGUCGACGGGGCGACCGGCACCAGCAGCACCAGUGCGACACCAGCCACCUCGAACGCACCUAGUCCAAGUCCUGCCGCGACUCCUACUCCAACCUCGGCUCUUAGUAUCACCGUCAGCGAGCUGAACAAACCGAAUUCCGAGGUGUCCGAAGGAAAGGAAAUCAAAGAGGAACAGAAGGACAAGGAAAGUGUCGACAGAAAGGACGCGAUCGAGGAAUCAAAGGACUCCAAGGAGGAAGAGGAGAGUAACGCCGAGAAAGAUAAGGACAAAGACGACGUAAAGAAAGAAGACGUCGAGGCGGAAGGAACGGAGAAGGAGAAAGACAAGUCUGAUGCAAAGGAUGAGAGAUCGGCGACGAAACACGACGAGAAGACGGAAAGUAGCGAAAAUAAAACGAAAGUAGAGUCCGAGGAGGAUGUUGUCAUAGUUAAAGACGACGAGGAGGAAGCUGAAAAGCGAGAGGACAAAGAUGUCAAAGACAAAGACGUCGCCAAGGACUGCGACACGGAGGUGAUAAAGCCUAAACGUAAGUUCAUGUUCAAUAUCGCCGAUGGUGGAUUCACGGAAUUGCACACGUUAUGGCUGAACGAAGAGAAAGCCGCGGUACCUGGCCGUGAAUAUGAAAUAUGGCAUCGAAGACACGACUACUGGCUGCUGGCUGGUAUCGUCACGCACGGCUACGGUCGCUGGCAGGACAUUCAGAACGAUAUCAGGUUCGCGAUAAUAAACGAACCUUUCAAAAUGGAUGUGGGCAAGGGUAACUUCUUAGAGAUAAAAAAUAAAUUCCUGGCUCGACGCUUCAAGCUGUUGGAGCAGGCGUUAGUGAUAGAAGAGCAGUUGAGAAGAGCCGCGUACCUGAACUUAACGCAGGACCCUAACCAUCCUGCGAUGAGCCUGAAUGCAAGAUUUGCCGAAGUCGAGUGCCUUGCUGAAUCGCAUCAACAUCUUAGCAAAGAGAGCCUUGCCGGCAAUAAGCCAGCAAACGCUGUGUUGCAUAAGGUACUAAAUCAAUUGGAAGAGCUACUGUCCGAUAUGAAGUCAGACGUGAGCCGCUUACCAGCAACUCUAGCUCGCAUUCCACCCGUUGCUCAAAGACUUCAGAUGUCGGAGAGGUCGAUAUUGAGUCGACUGGCGGCCACGGCACCCGGUGGUAGCAGUUCACAGUCGGGUCAAGCGGCCCUGCUGGCGCAGCAAUUCCCUGCUGGCUUCUCCGGCGGACAGUUACCCGCUACUUUCGCUGGCGCUGCCAAUUUCGGUAACUUUAGACCGCAAUACUCAGUACCGGGUCAACCACCGCAAGGAUUCACAGCUUGAAGAGCAAAACAUUGACGAACAGUGGCUCAAACGAGAGAACUCAAAAUGGCGCCGAUUGCACCACCUUGACGCGCAAUCGUGCGGCGCUGUAUUAUUUUUCGUAAAUUACGAUUUUUAGCCGAAUUUUCAUUAAAGAGAAGACGCUAAGGGUUAAAAAAAAAAGUGUUACAAAAAAAGAAAAAAAGAAGCAGACACGUUUACGCGUGCGUAAAUAUUUUACAUCUAAAUCACAUUACUCCCUGUAUUUAUUACAUAUACAAUUGGCGUCCGACAUCGAAGUUUUCAUGUCCCUCUUUUUGUAUUUAUACAUACGGUCUCUGUGGAGAACAGCGUAAAUUAUUUUCUCGAGACGAAUCAAGAGCAUGAUUUCUAUUUCUUCAUUGGCCGGUGUAUCGUAAACGUAACGAUAAGUACAUUUUACUUAAAAAAAGAAAAAAAAAAGGAAAACUUAUUUAAGAAACGAAUAGUUUUACGUCGUGGAUCUACGUGUGCAGUUUAUCAUGUGGUAGGCUGAUUCGAGCGGUCGUUCGCAUAAUUUAUUCGCAACGUUUCAUUUUUUUUAUUUCUGAUUUACAUUUCACGCAGAAAAGACUCGAUUUAGUCGAAUUUGCGAAACUAGUGGUUUUUUUUUUCUUUUCAUUUGAAUCGCAUGCUCGCAUGGAUUAUCGAAAAUACAAUGAUGAACAAUGGCAAUCAUUUUAGUUAAGACUGACGUUGCAUAUUGUAUCCAAGAGAAUUCAUUUUCGUACGUAAUACACACGCUACUGUAAUGCAUGGGUUUACAAGAGCGAGAACUCGAUGGCGAUGUUGUUGAUUUUCUGUUCAAUCUUCUAAACCGAGUCCCAAGAUACUGAAUCGUACGAACUUGUGGAGAGCAGUGGCACAAAAAAAGUCUGUUUGAUACUUAAAUAAUGCAACAAUGCACACAGUACAUGAACUAUAAUAUAUAUAUAUAUAUAUUACAUAUACGUAAUUCGAUUUUGCAGGGAUCGGUCGUUCGGCUCCGAAUUCGUCACGGGCGAACACCGUCAAAGUAAAUAGGACUUAGAUUCAAAUUUGAUAUAAUCUUUGUACAUACUGUCGUUACAUUCUACUUGCACCAUAUGUCAGAACACAUACACGCAUACACGAGUAUCAUAGUAAUUCAUAAGCUAGGACGGAUGUGUGACACGCCCCAUGCAUUAUACUAGUAAAUAAACGACUAAAUGUAAUUACGAGACAGAAAACCAUUAACCGAUCUUUCAGUAAGCGUAUCGACGUUUAAUCUUUUUUUUACCCCGAAUUCGAGAACACUGGAGCAUUUUUUAUUUUCGUCUUUACCAAUUUCGCCAAAUUAUUGCGUUGGCACACGAUACGUUUUUAAGGGUAAUUUUAGGACUUAGCUAAGGAAUUCAAGUGAGAGUGUGGAAAGAGUGAGAGAGAAAGGGAGCAUGAGUGAUAAAAGUAAAAAGUACCACGGAAAACCGUUUGUUGUAUGUAUUAAUUCUGCUGGAAUAAAUUAAUAAUAAUUAGAAACUAAAA